AAUAGCACUCGCUUUCUUCUUCCUAACUAUCUCUUUCCUUCUUCUCACCACCACCACCCCCACCAAACACAUCCAUACUUCUUCUCUCCACCAUGAAGUACUCCGCUCUCGGCCUGGGGGCCGCCGCGUUGAUCGCGCCCUCGUCCGCCUUCCUCAUUCCUUCGACCGCCGAUGGCGUCACCGGUCCUUUUGCCGACCAGGAGCUCAGCCUCGUCGAUCCUCAGAACCAGCUCUUGACGCUGGACUGCAACAACUGUGCCUUUGCCGGCUCGGCUGACGAGGACGACGACUCGGUCUGGGUCCAGGGCAUCGAGAAUGCUCUGCUGCUCAACUUCUCCGUCGUCGACGGCUACUCGGUCGAGCUGAACGGCGCCCGCCUCUACCCUCCCACCGACCUGCCGCAGCCCAUUCCUGUCACCCAGGUCCGCUCCGACGUUUCCUUGACCGACAUCCGUGCGAACGCUGCGAAGUAUGGCGAGCACCCUCUCCGCAUCUCCGGCUAUGCUCUGGAGAUCGAUCCCUCGGUCAGCUCGUCCGAAGGCGCUGAGCUUAUCCCCAUGACCUUCCAAAUCGCCUCGCUUGAGGGCCGCCCCGUCGACGUCUCGGCCCUCGACGUUAAGCUCAUGAAGCUGCCGGAUGGCGAGAUCCAGAUCCUGCCCGUCACCGCCGCCGCUCCUCUUACCUCGAUCGAACCGCCCCAGCAGGACGACGAGGCCUGCAGGGACUGGCCUGUCCUCUGCAAGUGGCGCUCGAUAAUCUCCGACCGCAUCCAGGACAUGAAGACCUCGAUCGAGAAGGGUAUUCCCAAGGGCUGCAUGAAGGGCCACCACCACGGCGACAUGCCGCACCACCCUCCUGCUCCGGAAGACAUGGAGCCGGCUGCCGACGACGAGCGCCCGCACGACCACCACCACGGCCCGCACCACGGCCCCCACGGCAUCAUGCGCCACCACCGCGAUGGCCCGAUCGCACACUUCUUCGGCGUGCUCGGACGCAUCAUGGUGCCCAUCUUCAUCGGUAUUGCCUUUGGCGCUCUUACCUACGCCACGGGCUGGCUCGUCGGCUGCGUUGUCGCCUACAUCUGGCUGCGCGUGCAGGCUCGCCGCAACGGCGGCUACAACCGUAUCGCUCUUGACGAGGAGGAGGUCCUGGCCAAGGAGGUCGGAGCUGUCGAGAUUCCGGCCGAGGAGCCUCCGCUCUACUCGGAGAAAGAGGUUGUCCCCGAGCCCGAGGCCGAGGCUGAGCAGCGCGAGCAGCACUAAACGUGCCCGCCUGCAUGUUUCGCCACUACUGUCCUUUUUCUUUUCUUUUUCGUCAAUAUGAGCGCUAC